UCCCAUAUUCCGCCGCAUAUGAAAUUAUGUCAAUAGAUUCUGGAUAUAUACACCCCAGUUUUACUCUUUUUCUUCCCCACAACUCUUGCCCUACACAAAGGAUGCAGCAGCAGCGGGGGCGCUUCUUCUCUCUGAUGGGAAAGAGGAAAUCGAGAUUUUCUUCAACAUCACAAGAAGAAGAACUCUUUACUUCAAGUUCACUCAAAAAACCACACAAAAAGAGGAGGAGGAAAACAAAAGUCAGUCAAGAAACAACACAAACUAGGACUACUAGUAGUGAUCGUCAAUGGGUUUUCUCUUCUCAUGAUACUUCCCAUCUUAAAGAUAAGGUUAUUAUAGUUUCAUAUAACAUACUGGGUGUUGCAAAUGCUAUCAAUCAUACGGAUUUAUACCGUAAUGUCUCCCUGGAGUUCUUAAACUGGAACCGACGGAAAAAGCUAAUUCGUGAUGAGCUGAAUGAGUAUGCACCGAGUAUUAUAUGCUUUCAGGAGGUUGAUCGUUUUUCGGAGUUGGAUGAGCUUAUGCAAUUAGAUGGUUACAAAGGUGUUUACAAGGCUCGUACAGGAGAUGCGCCAGAUGGGUGUGCUAUAUUUUGGAAAAAGGAACUAUUUACCCUUAUGCAACAAGAUGAAAUAGUAUUUCGGAUGUUUGACAUGCGUGAGAAUGUUGCCCAAUUUUGUGUUCUAAAGAUGAAUCCUAGUAAUUCAAAUGAUGAUGUGGACGCCCAACUGUCACAGACUAAGCCUACUCGGUAUAUACUGGUCGGAAAUAUACAUGUGCUCUUCAAUCCAAGGUGUGGACAUAUCAAGCUGGGUCAGAUUCGAUUAUAUAUCGAGAAGGCCAACACCAUAUCACGGGAAUGGGGAGGUAUACCAAUCGUGCUUGCUGGCGACUUCAAUAGCAUGCCGGAGAGUGCAAUAUAUCAGUUUCUAGCUUCGUCUGAGUUGGAUAUCCAGCUCCAUGACCGCAGAGAUAUGUGCGGGCAGCUUGAUAAUUCGUCAAGUUGGAAAACCAUAAGAUCACAUUGGGCAUAUGGAAACAGUUGGCAAAGGCCCAUUUCAACACCAUCGAGAUUUAGCUGGAGCAAACAAGAAUUAGAGAUUGCAGCUGGAAGUAGUAAAGCCACUUGCGUUCAACACAGUUUAAAACUUUCCAGUGCAUAUGUGGGAGUUCCUGGAACAUCCAAUACUAGAGAUGGAUAUGGAGAGCCACGGGCGACAUCAUAUCAUUCCAAGUUUAAGGGAACUGUCGAUUACAUAUGGCAUACUGAGGACCUUGUUCCAGUAGCUGUUCUAGAAACCUUGCCGGACAACAUUUUAAGACAAACAAGAGGACUUCCCAGUGAGAAGUGGGGCAGUGAUCACCUGGCAGUGGUUUGUGAACUGGCCUUCAAGGACAGUGACCACGACACCUGAUUAAAGAUCAUAUCCAAGUAGCCAUGUCAACAACCUAACGAAAUGUCGCUUUGGGUACCUAUUUCCCAUCUUUUUCUCUUUAGGCAAAUAAAUUUUCUCACAUACUUACAUAGUUAGCGCCCCACCUUUGGGACCUUGUACAGAAUCAAACAGGCCUUCGAUAAAACUUAGGCUGUUCCUGCGAAUGGAAACAAGCUUUGUAUAAUUUAUGUUUUAAUUUAGCAAUGACGAUAAUGAUUCUUGGACUGCUA